AUAAACCAUGGUUAAACAUCAAUGGGUUUUUGAGGGAGUUUUGACCAUCUCCCCUUCCGUUCUCCUUCUACCGUCUCUGGUUUUCUAAAUUUUUGUUUGGGAGUGGCAGACGUACGCUGCCAACUGCAACUCCAACUUCAUAUUCUAUCUUCUCUUCCCGAUCUUGCUGAUCUCUUCUCCAAUUAGUCGGCCUUUUCCAAAAAAGGAUCGAUAAGCAGUAUCUCUUGCAUCUUCUCUUGGAUCCAGCUCUGGUUUCUCCGUCUCCAUUGCUGGGUUUGCCGGCUCGUGUAGAUGGACUGGAGCUUCACCGGUGAUCUGAAUCUUUAUGGUGGUAAUUUUGCUGAGGAAUGGAUUUAUAUCUUUAGGUUUAGGCCGUUUUGACUCCAUUGAUUUGCGUAGGUGUGUCAGUUUUGUGAGAAGCUACUGAUUAAAGGAGCUUUUCUUUUGCAACUUAUUGUAAUGAAAUGCAAUUUCUGGUUCUUGAAUAUAACAAGCAUUUUGGGGUUCUUAUGGAAAAUUUGAUCACAAGCGAAACAUAAUUCAUAGUGAUCAACACUAAUGGGCGGACUUUGCUCGAGGAGAUCCACUGUAGAAAAUGCUCCAGUUGGAGGCUUUCGACAUGUUAAUGGUCACUUUGCUCAUGGGUCUGCAUUUGUGUGUCAGUCCCGUGAACUGCCUGCAAAGAUAAAUAGCCAUUCCAAUCCAUCUCCUGCUGGAGAGAAUGAGGACAAGCAGCUGAGAGAUCCCUUUUCUUUUCCCGAGACAAGUGCAGUUCCAUACGGUACAAGUCUAGGAGACAUUGAUGAUGGAAUUCCUCGCUUGUCAAGGGCACUAUCACAGAAAUCUAGGUCAACCAAGUCUAAGCAGGCUGCUGUUGCAAAGGUUUCAGAAGUUAGCUCUCUUUUGGGCAGAGCUGGUACUGCUGGACUUGGAAAGGCAGUGGAAGUUCUGGACACCCUCGGUAGUAGCAUGACGAAUUUGAAUCUUAGUAGUGGGUUUACUUCAGGGGUAACAACAAAAGGGAAUAAAAUCUCAAUUUUGGCUUUUGAAGUUGCAAAUACAAUAGUCAAGGGUGCCAAUCUGAUGCAAUCUCUUUCAAAGGACAACAUUAGACAUUUAAAAGAAGCCGUGCUUCCUUCUGAAGGAGUGCAAAAUUUAAUAUCUAGAGAUAUGGAUGAACUCCUAAGAAUUGCUGCAGCUGAUAAGAGAGAGGAGUUGAAAAUUUUUUCUGGAGAAGUGGUACGUUUUGGAAAUCGUUGUAAGGAUCCUCAGUGGCACAAUCUGGAUCGAUAUUUUGAGAAGCUGGGUUCAGAGCUUAUUCCACAAAAACAAUUAAAGGAAGAAGCAGAGACUGUAAUGGAACAAUUGAUGACUCUGGUCAAGUAUACAGCUGAACUAUAUCAUGAGUUGCAUGCCCUUGACAGAUUUGAACAAGAUUAUCGACGUAAGCUUCAAGAAGAGGAUAACUCAACUACUUCCCAAAGAGGAGACAGCCUUGCAAUCUUGAGAGCAGAGUUAAAGAGUCAAAAGAAACAUGUGAGAAGCUUGAAGAAAAAGUCUCUUUGGUCUAAGAUUUUGGAAGAGGUUAUGGAGAAGCUUGUAGAUAUUGUUCAUUUCUUGCAUUUGGAGAUUCAUGAAGCCUUUGGUAGUUCAGAUGGUGAUAAACCCAUAAAAGGGCCUCCCAACAGUCACAAAAAGUUGGGUUCUGCUGGUCUUGCAUUGCACUAUGCAAAUAUCAUUACACAAAUUGACACUCUUGUAUCUAGAUCAAGUUCUGUGCCUCCAAAUACAAGGGAUUCACUAUAUCAGGGGCUUCCACCCAGCAUCAAGUCAGCUCUGCGCUCUAAACUGCACUCAUUUCAGCUCAAGGAAGAGCUUACUGUCCCACAAAUCAAAGCUGAAAUGGAGAAAACUUUGCAGUGGCUUGUUCCUAUUGCCACCAACACAACCAAAGCGCAUCAUGGGUUUGGCUGGGUUGGAGAAUGGGCAAAUACAGGGUCUGAACUGAAUCGAAAACCUGCAGGCCAGACUGACUUGCUUAGAAUAGAGACCUUACACCAUGCAGAUAAGGAAAAAACUGAAGCUUAUAUUUUAGAUCUUGUAGUAUGGCUUCACCAUCUUAUUAGCCAAGCACGGGCUUGCAAUGGUGGAAUCAAAUCUCCUGGUAAAUCACCAAUCCGGUCUCCCAAUCAGAAAAUGGUUCACUUAUCUACACAGAAGCCCUCAUCCCCAGUGUUAACAGUCGAAGAUCAAGAGAUGCUUCGGGACGUCAGCAAGAGGAAAAAGACACCUGGUAUUAGCAAGAGUCAGGAAUUUGACACAACAAAAACUCGGUUAAGCAAGCACCAUAGGCUGAGUAAGAGCAGUAGCCACUCACCAACAAGUGAAACGAAGAAGGAUCCCUUCCCUAUUAGAAGACCAUCCUCGGUCCCCAUCAUCAACUUCGACAUUGACAGGAUCAAAGCAUUGGAUGUCAUUGAUCGAGUCGACAUGCUUUGGAGCUUAUAGGGUUGCAUCAAGCAUUGGAUGUCAUUGAUCUGUAGGUAAAAGGGUUUGUGGUCUGGUUCGAAAGAAGUUCAUCUGCUGCAUCUUUUCCAUGUCUGGUGCUAUAUACUUAAUACUGGUUUGUUUGCAGAGCGGAUGAUUUUGCAGGGUUACCAAGCAGAUGAGGAGUGACACACCAUUGUGUCUGUGAGAAAAUGCAAGGUGAAGAAGUGUUUUUAAAGGGAAUUUAAUUGUUUUAGGAUUAAAGUGGAUGGAAGGCCAUGGCAAGGCUAUCGUUUUUCCACCUCUGUGUUUUUUUGUUCCUGUACAGAAUACUCAUCGUUUCAUAAUAAUUCAAAAUUCCGUUC